CUUGCUUGCUGAAGACUUCACAGAAAAUGUGAUUUGAUUUUGAGUUUUUUCUUCCGUUCGCAACGUCCCUUCGGCUUCAACAACGCCUGAAACUCAAGGGUGACUGGAACUGAAAAUCAGUGGAUAGAACAUGACCUCAUCAGAUGUGUGUCCCACUGAGGACGCUCUUAAGGCAUUCCUAGAAUACUUGGUUGAUCCAAUGCUACCAGCAAAGUCUUCUAUACGAGAUAAUCUCCCAUUAUCUCAACAGCAAUCAGUUGCAAAACAGGUUCAUUCUGUUGUGUUAUUGUACAACUACUACCACAGAAAACAGUAUCCACAGCUUGCUUUUCUGUCAUUUGAUGAAUUUUGUAAGUUAGCUGCGAUUCUGAGACCAACUUUAUCAGUGCAUAUGAAAUACAUACAGGAGCCUGAAGUUGGUGUGGAGAAGCAGUCUUCAUUAACAGAAGAAAAGAUCUUGAAUGCAUGUAAAAUAUGUAAAUAUUUAGAUGCAGCAAAAAAUGUUCCUGAUAUAGAGGGAUGGCCCAUUUCAAAAGUUGCUGUUCUUUUAAUAGACAGCAAGAAGGAGAACUGUUUCUUGCUUUUCAGUUCCAUCACUGAGGGGGUAUGGUCUGUAAUUGAAAAUGAUACAGAUACCUUUAUCCAAAAUUCAGAAGUUGUAAGCGGAGCAAGUGGAGCCACAUUCAAAAAGAAAAGAGUCAUUAAAAAGCCUAAAAAAAUUGUGUUAAAUUCUGAGGAAGAUCAAAUCUUGCAAAUAGGGUAUUCUGCUGUAAAGGAAGUUGCGGGUGCUAAUAAAACUGAUAUUAUGGUUCUGGAAAGCUACACCGUGUAUUCUCAAACCAAAGCGAAGACAGCUUCACGCUUUUACAUAAUGAAGUGCUCCCAGUUGAUCAAUCAGGAGUUUAUUCAAGUCCCUAUCAAAUAUUUGAUUGAAAGCUUACAAGGUCCAUUGGUUAAGAGAAGUACCGGCAGUUGGACAGUCACCUCAGUUGUUGAGUAUUUCCAUGUGCUUCCUUAUUCAGAAAAAAUCUCAGGGUGGAUUUCUAGAGAAACAUUCUCAAAUAGUUUGCAAGAUUCAAAGCCAUCAGAGAAAAAUAUGAUGGUGGGCAGCCCUGAAGUGACAAAAUCAUAUAUGAGUAGUGAGGGCUUGUCUAUUGACCUUAAUAAGUCAAGCAGUGAUGCUAUUGAAGCUCUUCAUCAGAAUGAGAACAGUGGAAGCUGUGCAGUUACGUUGUCUGCUUCUAUGAAGGAAACCCCAGAUGUGUAUUUGGACAAGUCUUUAGUUUCUCCGUCUAAAAACAAAGAAGAAUGCCAGCAUAUUGCCAAUACUUUACAAGUUAGUGAAGAUCAAGAAAUUGAAAAUCCUUCUGUAUGCCAUUACUCAAGCCGAUCUAAAAACCCUACCGAGGAUGAUAAUGUUGAUUCAUCAAGGAUGCUCAUCACUGAGGGGGAAACUAAAGAGCAAUCUACUUGUGAUAAGAUUUGUGCCAAAACCUCUUUUGAAAAUAAUUCCAUAGAAGAACGUGCCUUGAUUGCAAAUAAUCCCAACUCUGAUCUUGAAAAGCUCCAAAUUGCGAUAGCUUCAAAGGGAAAGACAUUGUCACAGACUGCACUCAAUGCUCUUAUACGAAAGAGGAUUGCAUUGGCUGAGAAUGUUGGUUCAUCAAGGAUGCUCAUCACUGAGGGUGAAACCAAAGAUCAAUCUAUUUGUGAUAAGAUUUGUGCCAAAACCUCUUUUGAAAAUGAUUCCAUAGAAGAAUGUGCCUUGAUUACAAAUAAGCCCGACACUGAUCUUGAAAAGCUCGAAAAUCUUACAGCUUCAAAGGGAAAGACAUCGUCACAGACCGCUAAACCCCCUUUCAAAACCGAUUCGAUAGAAGAAUGUUCCUUGAUUGCAAAUUAUUCUAGCACUGAUCUUGAAAAGCUCCAAAUUUUUGUGGCUUCAAAGGGAAAGACAUUGUCACAGACUGCACUCAAUGCUCUUAUGCGAAAGAGGAAUGCACUGGCUCUUCAGCAGCGCAAGAUAGAAGAGGAGAUUGCUCUGUGUGAUAAAAAAAUUCAGAGAAUGUUAACUGUAGGCGGGGAAGAUGACUUGGAAUUAAAAAUAGAAUCCAUCAUAGAAGGCUGUAAUGAUACAUGGGUAAGAAAUCUAGGAAGGACGUGUCCACAUCUUGAGGAUCAACCUUUACCUCCUCCUAGGAAGCAGAGAAGAUUGACAGAUGCAGUGCUCUUUAAAAGUCCUUGCCAGGCAAGACAUUGUAAUUACUAUACUAUUUUUAACAUUUCAUCUCUUGUGACUGCUUUGAUUGAUCACGUUAUGACUGGCCUAUGUAAUUAAAAAAAUAAUCUGGUUCUGACAUGAGAGGUGAGCAUGUUAAUUAUAUUUGGAGAAAAAUGUACUUAUCGACGGCCACUGCUCCCUUCAUCUUUAUACAGUCCUUCAAAUUCUAUUUAAUCUUGCAGGAACUAGAUGAUACAUGUCAUGAAAAUAAUUGGCUCCGACCUUCAUCUUCCCACUGUACUUCAAAAUUAUGUUUAAUCUUGCAGGAACUAGAUGAUACAUUUCAUGAAAAUAAUUGGCUCCUACCAAUAUAUCACGUAUCUCAAGCAUAUGGUAAUACUAUCUAAUCUGUAUGUAGAAUCCAAGAUUGUGUAAAAUUUUAUUGCGAUUUGUGUGAAUAGGUGCCUCUUUAUAUUGAAAUAGGUGAGACCAAUCUACUUUUAUUUGUUUCGUAUACAUUUAUUCUUUUCUGCUCAUAUUUGUUGAUGUAUUUAUGUUGGGAAAUUAUCAUGUACAUAACUUGCAUAUAAAUUUGAUUAGUACCUCUUGAAGGUGGAUUCCAAGCUAAUAUAGCUGUUAAAGGACCAGACUUUCAGUGUUCCUGUGGAGGUGACCUAUGUCCCAGUCCUCAUGAAGCAAGAGAAUCUGCUGCUGCUCAGAUGUUAGCCAACUUAAG